AAAAGAACAAGCUUUAAAGAUGAGUCCAGUUUAUCUGCUGCUGCUGGUGCUGGGCUGCAGUUUGUUGGAGGGACAGUCAGUCAGGGUGAAUGGCAUCACUCUGAGGGGUUAUGAAGACAGAGGAGACAGAGAGAACAAGAUUCAGGCUGCUGAGAAUCCCACAACUGAAGCUCCAAAAACAACCUUCACCCAACAAAACUGCCAGACGGACAUCCAUUCUGUACUGAGAGAGAUGAGCGCUGUGCUGGCAGAGCUGAAAGUUGAACAGAGACACACGACGACUGCAGUGAACAACUUAGAGAGCAGACUGAGAGCCAGUGAGAGUCAUGUGGAGGAGCUGAAGAAGAAGGUAGAGGUGGAGAGUCACAUCAAUCAAGCUCAAGCAGCACAUCAGGGUGCCAUAGAUGCUGAAUUGGAAGAACUGAAGAAAAAAAAUGCUGACUUGAAAAUCUCAUUUGACAAGCAAACGGAGAAUCUGGAAAAAGAGGACCAAAAGAGAAAAGUGGCAUUUUCAGCAGCACUGUUGCAAGGAAGUGGAUAUGGAUAUAUUGGACCGUACAGCAUAGAAUAUCCUUUGGCAUACAAACACAUAUUCAUCAAUAUUGGCAACGCUUACAACCCAGCUACAGGAAUUUUCACUGCACCUGUAAAAGGAGUCUAUAAGUUCCAAAUCUCCCUCCAUGGACUUGGUUCUUCAGGAGUGGCCUUAUACAAGAAUGAACAACUAAUGGCGGGAACUUAUGCUAGUGAACCCCAGGGCAGAUUUAGUUCCUCUAAUCGAGUUUCACUGUUACUGGAAGCAGGAGAUGUUGUCUCCCCUAAACUGUGUGCAAAUUCAAAGUUAUUUGAUGAUUAUUAUCACCACAACACUUUUAGUGGUCAAAUGCUGUUUUCUGUAUAAACAGUUUAACAAAUAUUGUUUAACAUGUACUCAAUGUUUUCAAUGUUAAUGAACCUAAAUGAAAU